UUCAUAAAAGACGCCAAAUUCAAAACUCCUCAGUACUUUGCUGCUCGCGCGACCAUUCGGUUCAUCUCAUUUUAAUCACUUGUUGAUCGAAAUUUUGCCUUAUUUUGCUUUCUUCGAGCAAACUGUUUCUUUCUUUUUCACCGACUGAUUAUAAAAUCAGUGAAAAUGAUAUGCACACUUACAAGGAAAAUCUCUGUGUUGGUAGUAUCGGGGCUGUUAAUUGCUGUGAUAGGUCUAGUUAUGUACUGUACUUUCCCCAUAUUUAUGGAAAAUGAAAUUAAAAAGAGAUUAGUACUUAAAGAAGGAUCUCAGUCAUACUCAUACUGGAAGGAUGUUCCUGUACCUAUUUAUAUUCAUUUCUACUUUUUCAACAUAACAAAUCCUGAAGAGAUUUGGGCUUUAACAAACAAGCCAGUUUUAGAAGAACUUGGGCCUUACACAUUUAGAGAAUCCCGAGAAAAAGUCAACAUAACGUGGAACGAGAAUGGCACUGUAAGUUACAGACAAAUUCGCAGAUGGUAUUAUCAGUAUGAUAAAACAAAUGGAACGUUGGAUGAUGUUGUUACUACCCUCAAUGUUCCUAUGGUGGCUGCCGCCAUGAGAGGUAAACAGAUGAAUGAAGAUAUGGUCUUCUUUGCACUCGAGGAGAUAUUUUCGCAACUUAACUGUUCGUGGUUCGUCCGGAAGCCAGUGAGGGAACUAUUAUUUGAAGGUUACGAUGACAAGUUGAUGAAGAUUGCUAAAACUUUUAUGAAUCUACCAUAUGAUAAAUUUGGUUGGUUUUAUAAACGCAAUGGCACUGAUGAUGGUGAGUUUAGCGCAUUCACUGGAGCAAUUGAUCUCCAGAAAGUGGACGAAGUAGACACGUGGAAUGGUGAGCGAAAUGUUACUUCUUUUGACCCGCCUUGCAAUAUAAUAAAGGGAUCAGCUGGUGAUAUGUGGCCACCUAGUAAAUCCCACCGUGAUCAUGUAACACUUUUCGUCACUGAUAUAUGCAGGUCAUUAUCUUUCACGUACUUGGCAACCACAGAUGUGAAUGGAAUCACAGCUCACAGGUAUUGGACAGACGAUAAGCAACUGGAUAAUGGAAAGUAUAAUAAAGAAAAUAAAUGCUUUUGUCCAGAAGGGAUCUGCCUGCCAGCGGGAGGUCUUAACGUUAGUUCCUGCAAAUUCGAUGCUCCAGCAGUGGUUUCAUACCCACAUUUCUUAUUUGCCGAUUCAGUUUACAGUCAAGGUGUCAUAGGAAUGAAACCAAAUCCUCAGGAGCAUAGAAUGUACUUAGAUAUUGUACCUGAAAUGGGUGUACCAGUCGGUGUUGCAGCAAGGAUGCAAAUUAACAUUGUGUUUGAAGCUGUUCCUAACAUAACACAAUUUGAAAACAUAACCAAAAGAAUAUAUUUUCCAAUUCUGUGGUUCAGCGAGACUGCAGAAGCUGGAGAAGACAUCGUAUCGCAGCUGAAACUCGUGCUCACUACAAUUCCUCUUGUAACAAACAUUAUUUCAUUUUUCAUGGUUUCAGUUGGAGGUUUCUUAAUAUUAUCGGCAUUCGUACUAGCCAUUCUAUUUGCUCUUGGAAAGAUCAGCGACCAACGCAGGAUUUUAAGCUCCUUGUCUCUGAUUGGAGACAAAAAAGUGCUUACUGAGAAGGAGAGCGAGCCUUCAUAUACAGCAGUUUCAUCAGUGAAGUGAAAGAAUAUUCCUCAGAGAUAUGUGUAUAAAUGUACAAAUUUUGGACUUAAUGAACGUUUCUUUAUAUCAGUCUUGUUAUGGUUAUUUUAUAUUGUGUAAAGAACUUUAUUUUAUGAGCAUGCAUAUGUAAUACAUUUUAUAUACAUGUCUUUAAUAAAUGAUUUUCAGAUCUA